AUAAUUUCCCAUAAGACAAAGUGUGGCUAAUCUUCCAACCUUUUGGGUCCAAUGUGUUGGGCUCGUGAAAUGAUUGAUGGGUGCAACAGAAGGUGGCUCUGGGCUGUGUGCUUGGCUGAACGUCCAGCAGAAAUCACUACUGCAAAGAAAAGUCACAGCGCAGGGAGAAAGCCAGGAGGCCGCUGCUUCUUCAAUCAAUUCAAUAGCAUUGCAUUCCAUCUCAAAACUCAAUCCAGGUAACUCAUGAUUCAGCUAUUUUCGGAAAUCAAAUCAAAUGCUUCGUUUAACUUCCGUGAAGUUGCCCCAACGGUUGAGGCACAGAGCUUCAACAAUAUGCCAUGGCCACUUGUUCUCAACCUCCCCUCGCAAACCCAUCUCAGAACUCCCUAUUUCCAGGGACCCAAAAUCUCUAACAGUCUCCUUCCUCCGAAACUCGUGUGGGUUCUCCUUGGAACUGGCCGUUUCAGCUUCCAAGAAGCUAAACAUUGAGAACAUAGAGAAUCCCAACUCCGUUCUGGAUCUGUUGAGAACUCACGGUUUGAAGCAGAAUCACAUCAGAUACUUAAUUAGUAGUCGUCCAUUAUUGCUUUUGGCCGAUUUGGGCAAUACCCUUAAGCCUAACAUGGAGUUGUUUAAAUCCUUAGGGUUUUGUGGCGCUAGCCUCGCCGAAAUGCUCAGCAAAUACCCAGCUGUGCUAGAAAGUGAUGCGUACACUGCUGUUGAGUUUUUUAGAGCACAUGGUUUUAGUGAGAAGCAAAUAAAAACUUUGAUGAUGAAGCGUCCCGCAUUGUAUAUGUAUAAUGCUAACAAGAAUUUUAAGCCAAAGUUAGAGUUUUUCAAAUCGUUAGGCUUGUCAGAUCUUGAAAUUGCAGAGAUUUUAUCUGCAGCACCUAAUGUUCUGGAAAGGAGCCUCGAAAAACAAAUCAUUCCGUGUGUUCAAGAGCUUAGGCGGAUUCUUGGCACUGAAGAGAAUGUCUUAAAGAUUAUAAAGGCAUACGGCCCAGUAAUUAGAACAAACGUUGUACAUACGCUACAGCCCAACAUCACUACUCUGAUAAGCCAUGGUGUUCCCUAGUCUUUAGUUUUGAAAGUCUUCUUUAUUAGACCAUCGUCACUGCUUAUCUGUGGCAAUCGGUUUAGGGAGAUUGU